AUGAGCUCCGUGCAGGAUGUGAACCCCAUGGUGCGUGGGAUCAGAGCCCCGACCAGCCUGCAAAAUCUGGCUGCACGCAUCGCAAAGGAGAUCAGACAGGGAGCAAAGAAACCCUUCAAGAAGGUGAUUGAUAUCAGUGCAGGUGACCCCCACAGCGCAGGGAUGGCUCCCAUCUCAUUUGUUCGGCAGGUCUUGGCAGUGUGUUUGUACCCUGAGCUCCUCAAAAAACAAAGCCUUCCUUCGGACGUCAGGCGGAGGGCACAGAAGCUUCUGGGGGUCUGCGGUGGAGGGAGCCUGGGUUCAUACUCCACAACAUCCUGUGGCAUCCCGCGUGUCCAGCAGAGCGUUGCUGAGUUCAUCAUGAGGCGAGAUGGUGGAGUGACUUCACAGCCAGAAAACAUCUCCAUCUCUAGUGGUUGUCAGAAGACUCUGUCACUGGUUUUGCACCUGAUGGCUAGUGGGGAGGGGGAGACCCAGACGGGUGUGUUGACCCCGAUGCCCUGCCCACACACUCUGCCAAUGCUGCUGGAUACGUGCCGAGUGACGUUGGUGCCGUACCAGCUGAUGGAGGACCGAGGCUGGGCUCUAGACCUGGACGAGCUGCGCCGAGCUUUGGAGACUGCAAAAGGUCGCUGCAAGCCCAGAGCCAUUUACAUCAGCAACCCAGGAAACCCCACAGGUCAUGUGCAAGAUAAGAAAACAAUAGAAGAAGUGAUUCGCUUCGCUGCAACCGAGGGCCUCGUCCUGUUGGCUGAAGAGGUAUACCAGGACAGUGUGUAUGGACAGGACAAAGAGUUUAUUUCCUAUAAGAAAGUCCUGUUUGAGAUGGAAAAAAAGUACUCGGAGACAGUGGAGUUGAUCUCCUUCAACUCUAUAUCCAGUGCCUGCAUGGGAGAAUGUGGUCUGAGAGGAGCUUAUAUGGAGGUAAUCAACUUGGACCCAGCAGUCCAUAAGUAUCUCAGAAACAUGCAGGCCACUUCCAGCCCUCCAGUUUUGCCUCAGCUCUGUCUGGAGAUAAUGGUCAAUCCGCCAUCACCCGGAGAUCCUUCCUAUGAAACGCACACAGAGGAGAUUCAUCACAUUCAGACAACUCUGGCCAAGAAUGCUCAGCGUGCCUGUGAGUUCCUGAACGAUCUGCCAGGGAUGAGCUGCCCGCCAACGAUGGCGGGAGUCUUCCUUUAUGCCCGUCUGCAUUUACCACCUCAGAUGAUAGAAGAGGCCAAGAGGCUGCUGGAAGAGGAAGGUCUGUUUUUGGGAGCGGGCUGUGAGAACGGACAAGAAGAUCAAAACUACCACAUCAGGAUGUGUGUUUUGGCCCCUCCUGCCACCCUGGACGAGGUCUUGGCACGACUUCGUUCUUUCCACCUGCGCCUGCUGAACAGAUUUCCCUGA